CUGUGCAAUAUAUCUGUUGUACAUACUUAAGCAGGGAAGAGUCUGUAAGAAUUCACAUCUCCUGGCCUGCAGAGAAAGCAGAAACAUGAGUACAGCAGGAAAAGUAAUAAAAUGCAAAGCAGCUGUGCUAUGGGAGCUCAAAAAACCAUUUUCCAUUGAGGAGGUGGAGGUUGCACCCCCUAAGGCCAAUGAAGUUCGUAUUAAGAUGGUGGCCACAGGAGUCUGUCGCUCAGACGACCAUGCGAUUAAUGGAUCUUUGUUCACACCUCUUCCUGCGAUCAUAGGCCAUGAGGCAGCUGGCAUUGUGGAGAGCAUUGGAGAAGGGGUGACUACAGUAAAACCAGGUGAUAAAGUCAUCCCACUCUUUGUUCCCCAGUGUGGAAAGUGCAGUCUUUGUAAACACCCGGAAGGCAAUUUCUGCCUGAAAAACACUGUGACCAAGCCUCGGGGGACCCUUAUGGAUGGUACCAGCAGGUUCACCUGCAGAGGGAAGCCCAUCUACCACUUCAUCGGCACCAGCACCUUCACCCAGUACACAGUGGUGGAUGAGAUGUCAGUGGCCAAGAUUGAUGCAGACUCACCGCUGGAGAAAGUCUGUCUCAUUGGCUGUGGAUUUUCUACUGGUUAUGGGUCUGCAGUCAAAGUUGCCAAGGUCACCCAGGGCUCCACCUGUGCCGUGUUUGGCCUUGGAGGAGUUGGCCUGUCUGUUAUCAUGGGCUGUAAAGCAGCUGGAGCAGCCAGGAUCAUUGCAGUGGACAUCAACAAAGACAAAUUUGUAAAGGCCAAAGAGGUGGGUGCCACUGAGUGCAUCAACCCUCGGGACUAUGAGAAACCCAUCGAGGAGGUGCUGAAGGAAAUGAGUGGUGGAGGUGUGGAUUUUUCAUUUGAAGUCGUUGGUCGUUUUGACACCAUGAUGGCUGCCUUGUUGUGCUGUCAAGAAGCAUAUGGCGUAAGCGUCAUUGUAGGAAUACCUCCUAGUGCCCAAAAUCUCUCUGUGAACCCCAUGUUGCUGUUGACUGGACGUACCUGGAAAGGAGCUAUUUUUGGUGGCUUUAAAAGUAAAGAUUCUGUCCCCAAACUUGUGGCUGAUUUUAUGGCUAAGAAGUUUCCACUGGAUCCAUUAAUAACCCAUGUUUUACCCUUUGAAAAAAUAAAUGAAGGAUUUGACCUGCUUCGCUCAGGAAAGAGUGUCCGUACCGUCCUGACAUUUUGAGACUAUACACAUGCCUUCACUUGUAGCAGUCUCCCGGCUCCUCCAUCAUCUGAAACAUCAGCCAAACAUCAUCAAUAAUUCUAUUCUUCAGAGAUACUACCAAUAAAUUACACAUGGGGGCUUUCCAAAAGAAAUAAAAUUAAUGUGAAAUCAUUUUUUAAGCAAAUGCUUAAAAUUCAAGUGAGAGCUAGAUGAACCAUCACAUGGGUAAUUGAGUCCAAUAAACCCUCCUUCUUAAUCAUUCUA